UUUGCAUUUGGUAAUUUGUAAGGGGAAUAAAUUAAAAUAAAAUUAUUCAAAAUGAGCAAGUAUACCUCAAAGUAUCUGGAAGACAAGCUAAAAGAAAAACUUGACGCAACCUAUGUGCAGGUAACAGACGAAUCUGACGGAUGUGGUGGAAAAUUCAGCGCUAUCAUUGUAUCUAAGGCAUUUGAAGGGAAAGCACUCCUGCAGAAGCACAGAUUAGUUAACACGACGCUCGCCGAAGAACUUAAGGAAAUACACGCUUUCUCGCAAAAAUCAUACACACCAGCUGAGUGGGAGAAAGUGCAACAGCAAUAGCUAGAGCAGUAGCAACCGUAACCAGUUACUUCAUUGCGGAGUCCAAAAACCUGUACAUGCAUGCAUGUGUGUGUGUAGCCGAUUUAGCCAGCCAACGUCAGACAACAUCAAAGCAGUCGAAACUUAAAACAGUUGAACAAAGAAAGUGAAAGGGAAACAGCCGAUGAACGGAGUAACAGUAAACACGCAAAAUUUCGCGUAACAUUACAUAAAAUCUGAAUCAAACAUACAUAAUAUAAAUAAAGCGAGAACCUGAUCUCCA